AUGGAUUUGGUCAUUCAAAGCUUAAAUAAUAAGAGAUCAUCCUCCAUUUGCAGGAUGUUUGCAGCUGUUUUCCUUACAUGCUUAUGUAGGUUUGGUGGUAUAUUGAUAGUGUUGAGCAAUCUAGAACUUGCAGUGGCGGGAGGAUACUUUGCUGAACGACUGAUAUCGAGGCAGACAUUGCAGCGGAAUACUGUCAUGCAAAAAAGAGUUGGUGAUCAGAUUUUUAUUGCAUUUCCUUAUCGACGAAAUGGAGUGCUUGUGAGCUGCAAAUACCGGGAUAUCAACAAGAAGUUUUGGCAGGAAAGAGAUACUGAAAAGAUAUUCUAUGGACUGGAUGACAUCAAGGGAGAGAGCGAUAUCAUCAUCGUUGAGGGUGAGAUGGACAAGCUUGCAAUGGAAGAAGCUGGCUUUAGAAACUGUGUGAGUGUCCCUGAUGGUGCGCCUCCAUCAGUCUCCACUAAAGACUUGCCAUCUGAAGAACAGGCAUCACGCAUAAUACUUGCAACUGAUGGAGAUCCACCAGGUCAAGCUCUGGCCGAAGAACUUGCACGCCGCCUUGGAAGGGAAAGGUUUGCAUAA